UGCAUUAGUGAACCUAGCUACCGAGGCCUUGAUUUGAUGAUGUACAGUAGUGCUCUGCAGUCAAAGGAUGACUGAAGUCUUAUCUGGAGGCCAUACCAGUACUGUGCUGUGUGUGGAUGUGAAAAAGGAUGGUAGCAACAUUGUAUCUGGAGGAGAGGGAGGCCAGGUUUGUCUCUGGUCCACAAGUGGAGAACUUGUUCAUAAGUAUGUAAACCCAGAUACUGAUUGUGGAUCAGUCAGUUUUUCUAAGGAAAAAGAAAAUAUUCUUUACUCGUCUUUUGAUGACCAAAUUUGUGUGUUUGACCUGAAGAACUUUUCAGAACCUGUGGAAACAUUCAAUGUGAAUCAAGAUGAAGUGAACCAGAUAGUGUUGGAUGAGAAAGAAAAAUUUCUUGCUGCAUGUGAUGACUCCGGUGAAAUAAAAAUUCUUGAUAUUCAAGAAAAGCGAGUGUAUAAAACUCUAAGACACAAACACACUAACAUAUGUUCGUCUGUGUGUUUUCGACCAAAAAAACCAUGGGAGGUUAUAACAGGGGGUCUAGACUGUAAACUUAUUCAUUGGGAUUUUUCAAGGCCAAAGUGUUUGAAUCAGUUCAAUAUGCAAGAAAUGCAGACCACAAACUCUGAUGUGGAGGCCUACAUGGUUAAUCCACCCUUUAUACACAACUUAGCAUCCUCAAGUAAUGGACAUUACCUCGCAUGUGCAUUAGAAAAUGGACUAGUCUCUCUGUUUGACAUGAGGAGAAAAAACAUUCGUGAGUUUUGCAGUCUGCAUGCACAUUCUCAAGGUACUUCACAGGUUCACUUCAUCUCUGACUCGUGUCUUGUGUCCGGAGGUAAUGAUUGUUGUGUUGUACUGUGGGACCUUGAAAAAUGGAACGACCUUGAAGCAACACCAAAUGUCAGUGAAAGUAAUGGUGCCAGCCCUUUGACCAAUGGUCACACUCAUCCCCAGGAACAGAGGAAUGAAAAUGUAUCCAGUGCUUGUAAAGUGUUAGAGAUCCAGCAUUCAAACAAAGUUAACUGGAUGAAACCUUUCGAGAAAAAUGGUGUAAGAAAACUAGUGGUGGCUGAUCAGACCUCCAAUAUAUCAAUAUUGUCACUGCAGUGAACAUGACAUAUCUGUAAGAUUUUAUCACAGUUUUUCUAUGCAAUGAACAGUAAGAUUUUAUCAGCAUAUUUUUAGGGCAGUGAAAUAAAAAUGUUAAUGUCAAGAUACAUGUACCAUGGUAUUCUCACUGUAAUGAGUAAGAAGACUUGGUGCCUUUGUUUAUGUGUGGAAGCUAGAAAAAAAAUCAUUUGUAUACAAUAAUGUUGACUAAUGUUGUGUGAGAUUUAAUAAAUUUGUGGAGCUUAAUUUUCAUGAUUUUUGGAAAAAGUCACCUGUUUGUGGACACUUGAUUCUGAAGAUAGAAAAUCUCAACAUAAAUAUAUAUAUACAUAUUUCAACAGUUCAUGGACUUAUGAUCAGAAUCAAGGAAUAUAGAUCCUCCAAGAAAUGAUUUUACAAUAUCUUAUCUAGUCUAUCCCUAUUAAAGAUAUACCAAUUACAGCUUAAAUUCCAUGAAAAUAAUUGAUCAUAGAAAAAAAUGAAAGAUACAUAAUGUAGGUGGGUGAUUAAUGUGACCUUGGUUACGGUGGGUUACACAUAUUUUGUUAACAUAGUCUCAUGUAGCCCUUGUAGGUGAGGCUCAGUGUGUGUCAAAAUUUUUAUGAUUACAUGGUCUCAUGUAGCCCUUGUAGGUGAGGCUCAGUGUGUGCCAAAAUUUUUAUUAUUACAUAGUUACAUGUAACACUUGGCGGCCAGACUCCCUGCCACCAAAAUUUGUCUAACUUGAGGAUAAUGGGUGUUUUACCUUGUAAAAUGUCUUACAAUUUUUUUGAGACGGAGAAAGGAAAAUGAAGAAAUUUUUUUGACCUGAUUAUCCCUAGACAAGGCAAAUUGAUAUAAAGUCAUUUUCAUUUACCUGUAUCUGUUUGGAUAGUAAUUGUUGGUGAUGAUGCUUAUGAACAAUGAAGCUUUGAUAAAAAUUGGCAUGAAAUUGUUUAUCCUUACUAGUAUAUAGAGUUUCAGGUUUUUUUCACUUCCAUCUUCAAACGCUUUUAAUAAAGAAGGUUUUAAAGGGUUUCGAUUUGGGAUAGAAAAUUGUUUAGGCCAACACAUUGCACGAAAAAGGUGUGACCUUGCAAUCUGAAUGACAUAAACAAUGUAAGUUGAGUUGGUCAGUAAAUUAAAUUCCAUCAGUAUUGGUAAAAGGUUAUCAACCUUAUUUGUUCCAGUCCUGAUGUGGUAGGUAUUCUUUGAUCUAGGGAACUCAAUGAUUUUUAUAAGAUCAUGAGGAUUUUUAAACCUAAUAAAUUCUACUUCUAUUAAAUUGUAUGGACCCAAGUUUAAGUAUAAACUUCCAUGAGUAUGACUUAUUGUUGUGUAUGCUGUGUUUUACAGUUUUGAAAAACAAUAAUUUCCUAAAAGUGUGCAUAUACACACAUACGAUAGCGUUACCUAAUGCCUUUCCUUUGUUAUUUCAUCCCUGAUGUAAACCUGUUAUCAAUCUUACAACAUUAUUUGUAAACAAUACUGAUAAAACCUUGUCCAAAGAUCAAAUCGAAUGAGGUUGUGUUUCAGAGUUCCAAAGUCAAGGUCGUCAGUUUACUUUUUAUAGAAAAUAUUCAAUGACGCAUCUAUUGAUGUCAGUUCUCAAGUGAAUUUAAUCAAAUUUCUGCAAAAGUCAACUAUGACACACAUGUAGUUCUAAGGCCAAGCAUAAAGCCUCUGUUACUAUUUAUAGAAAAUCAUUCAAUGCCAUGACUUGUAGUUACUUCAGAUCUGAAAGGGUUUUAAUGAGAAGACCUAAAGCAGUUUAUGUCUCAAGGUUCUUAAUUCAAUCUCAGGAUAACCAUUACAACUUUUUAGAAAUACUUUGAUGUCUUUAUUUAUGAAGGGAUUUGAUCAAAUUACACCAUUAAAUACUUCAAAUGACUUUGUGUUUCAGAGUUCCAAGCUAAGGUGAUGGUCACUGUUUCUUUAUAAAGAAAUUUGUCAAUAUUUAUUUCGAUUUUUAAAAAGUGUAUUCAUGACUUAAAAGAUAUUUUUAUUUGAAGAAAAAAGAGAGGGAAAAAAUAAGAUCAAUAAUGGAUGAACUUUCCUCCUUUAGUCAUUACAGAAUAGGGGCCAUGGCAGAUCAUUGUGUCUAUUACAACCCUUAGAUGCAGAUCCAUUAUAUGCAGUAUAACACUUCCAUCCAUGUCAAUUUGAUUUUUUCAGCUGUAAAACGGACCAGCCUUUGCUAUUAUGGUUGUGUCAUGAGGCAAGAAACUUUUCUCCAGUUGCUUUGGAUGGUAAGGGCCUUUCCUAUGUUGCUCAGUGAGGUAGCCACCAGCUAUUACACAAAUACUCUACCUCAAAAUGGUCCUAAAUAUACACAUGGCAAUUAACCUAACAAACAAAUGUUGCAGAUUCCAAUUGUACCUGAAUACAAACCCUUCUCCAUUAUAUAACAAAUUUUAAGUAAGGAGAAAUAUUUCAUCAAUGGACUACCAAAGUUCAUAUCACCGUUCACGCUUGGUGUUCAGUUCUGAUUCAUGAGCUGUUUUGAUAUAUUUUUUAAUCAAACUUUAAUGGUGCAUCUCUUCACCAGCUGAAAGUACUUGUAUACCCUAGUAUAUAUACUGCUGCAGGUUGUAAGGCCAGGUUUUGACCUAUUUUUCAAUGAUGCCAAUUAAUUUAGAGGAAGGUUGACUUGUAUUUGGCUGAUAAGUUCUAGGCAUUGGUAUCAUUAUUUGAAUACCUAAGUUUACCUAUUACAGUCUCCAUGACUCUAAGCGAGAGCUGAAUGUUUGUUAAGCUUUGAUUUUUAUUUUGAUAUUUGUUGAAAUUUCAAAUGUAUUGACAUGAUGUACUGAUUUGGAUAUGAGUGGCAUUAAAAUUUGAGAAACAGAAUAA